CAAAAAAUCGUUAAAAAAACAAUUACAAAACAAUUGUCCAAAGAAGGAAGUAAAAGUGGAAUAUCCGGAUGCUGACAUAAAGUAAAAAUUUUUCAUCUAUCCCCACAUAUAAUACAACACUGGGUAUUAGACGGGUCUCCCGCGGUGUGUACUUCUCCUCGCGUUUCUCUGGUGUCUCUCCAGAAUCACCGAGUAGACGGAAUUAUGCUUUCGUGCUGGCGCACCGGCCGACUCAGUUGAGACUUACGGCUCGCACCGUCAACACACCUCUCUGUUAUAAAGUAUUCACGAGUACCUAGAUCAAUCAUCACCACGAGUCGUCCACCCGAAUUUCCUUCAACCGAUAACCCCCAAAACGAGGGAAGAGCCAUUUCUCCAGACGGGGAAUCCCCGAUUUUUUGUGAAUUUCGGCGCGACUUGAUGACAAAAGAUGACCUGAGACGUUUGAAUCAAAGAAACUAAGGAAUAAACUCCCGCGAACUAUAACUAUCGACCCAAGUGUUAAAAAUCAAUAAAAAUGUUUUGUAACCGUGUAAUUCUACCGCUGUUGCUGAUCACCACGUGUGUCCGGUGUCACCCAACACCCCCAGGCGAUAUCCAGCAGCACCUCCUAAAGACAACGAGCCGUCUCCGAAGGAAUUCCAACGAGCCCGAAGAGCAAGUGCUCCCUUUCAGCCCCCGAAGACUCGAAAAAAUGCUGGAAAAAGCAAUCCUCAAGAUAAUAACCGGUGAUUUAACCAACUCCAACAUGCAUCUCCUGAAGAGUCUCAACUACAGCCUAGAAGAAGUGCUGGCAAUUCGUGAACGAGAGUUGAAUAAAAAAUUACCGCAAGAUCCUCAGCCCGUGGUGAUGGAAAAACCGGCUGGCAAGGAGAUCCUAGUGGUGAAAGGAGUGGACAAAAAAUCAGCCGAGAUGAUGGACUACGAGGCGUACAACAGAAAAGCUGUCGAGGAUUACGAGAACAUCGGUAAUAAGAUGGAGUAUGCAACACCGUUGGAUUACGAUUAUACGAUAACACGGGAGAGGAGAAUCGAGGACAAUUCUAACGGUGGGUUUCAUGCUAAUUUUGAUCGGGUCAUGGAGCCCCACGUGGUCUUCAAAAUUCGGUACGAUGACGCCGACAUUGACUCGAAUUCGUUUGAGCAGAGCACUGAUUUCAUCGAGGGAAUGAAGAUUUUGGGAAAGGCUUCUCCUGGUGCUGCGGCACCUGGAGGAGCUCCUUCGGGGCAUCGUGCAGGGAAUCCUUCAAAUACAGCGACUGCUUCUGAUGUCGAUCCCUCGGCGAUCCCGGAAGCAACGGAAUCAACAACUGAAGAUAUCGGACUCAACGUCAGCGGUGACAACGAGGUUGAUGGCAGGCCCUCGUCAACCAAGAGGAUCAGCGAGUUCGAGGGCUUGGAGUGGGUCGAGGAUGAUGUUUAUCGAGUAAUACCAGAAGCCCUCAAUUACGAGCUCAAUAAUUAUGAGGAGGAGAAUGAGACGAUGGAGGCGGAGUAUCAGUCUGGGAAUUCGUCGAUCGAGGAGAUGACCAAUGACUUUGAGUAUCAGGAGGAUUCCUGGAUGGAGAAUGGAACCGCCAGAAAUCUCACGGAUUAUCAGCAGCUGGCUGCGGCACAUCGAAGAGAGAGGAAUCAAUCCGUCGACAGUCAAGCACAAAAUGCUAUCGAAGAGAUAAAAAUGAGGGUUCUAGCGAUGACCGGGCGAUUCAACCUCACCACCAACAGCAAUCAAGUCCAACGAGAGAAAUUGACAAUGUUUUCUCCAACGUGUGAAAUACCGAAAAAUACAGACCCAGAAACUUGGUCCGAUCCCUUCUCCAUGAACAUGAAUUUCAAAAUGAAUUUGACGUCAAGCGAUCACAUUGUAGCCGCUAGAUUGCGAAUCUACAAGCUUCCUCAGAUGAAUCCAACGGUCCCCAGUUCUAGUGUUUCUGCGGUGGACGACGAAGAGGAGGAGGAGAAGAAAAUUCGAAUAUCCGUUUAUUAUUAUACGAAGUCUCUGAAGAAGCACAGAUCCAAAAAACGUUUGAUGGACUCAGUGGUGACUCCCCUGACACCUGCAGGUGGUCACCUAGCGUUGGACGUGAGACAGGCCUUGAGAUUCUGGCGACAACCAUCGAGAGGGACUCACUCAACCAGCAACAAUAAUCACGGCAUUCUGGUGCAGGUUGAGGAUCAAGAUGGAAGACCUCUAAAGCCUGCCUCAUACAUGCAACAAGACGCCUGUCACACGAACGACGAGGAUACAGAUGAGAAGGCAUACCAACGUGUCCCUGCAAUUUUCCUCCAAGCCUGUUCUCGUUAUGUUCGAGUCGUGAAUGGCGAAGCUGUCACAUACGUCAACUGUAAAAAUCUCAGAAACUCUCAGCACUGAUGAGACCACUGAAUUUUCAAUUUUGGAUGAAUCCAGGAGGCCUGACGAAAUUGUCGUCCGAGAGAAGAGGAAAAGUGACACAAGGUGCUCUCUAUGUUUUCCGUGUUGUGAGGAUUUUCACACAGACUGUUUAAUCUCUAUUUUUUUAACCCCAGAUGACAAAUAUACGAUUAUUUAAAUGUUCAGAGACUAAGUUAAAUUUUAGCACUGAAUUUUCAAGAUAACAAUCUGGAUAGUUUUUAUUAUUAUUUUUAUGUAAAUAGUGCUGGAAAGGUUUGAGAUGUAAUUUGAGUAGUUAUAAUUUCAUUUUCUAUUAUUUUCUUUUUUUAAUGACUGAAUUUAGAAUGUAAACUUUUUUUCUGCAUUGACAGGACACAUCGUGAAGUAUCAUUUUUCUAAUCCGUCAUGCAGAUGUAUUGAACAUAAGUAUUGUAUAUAAUGUAUAUUGUAUUUUUUCUUUUGAUUAAAUAAACUUACAUCCGAUGAGAAAGGAAA